AUGGCCACUCCUCGAUAUGAGCCACUAGCUGAGAUUGGCAUAGGUGCCUAUGGGACGGUGUAUAAGGCUCGCGAUCCCCACAGUGGCCACUUCGUAGCCCUCAAGAGUGUGAGAGUCCCUAGUGGAGAAGGCACUGGAGGGGGCUUUCCUAUCAGCACAGUUCGUGAAGUGGCCUUACUGAGGCGGCUGGAGGCUUUUGAGCAUCCCAAUGUUGUCCGACUGAUGGACGUCUGUGCCACAGCCCGAACUGACCGGGAAACCAAAGUGACCCAGGUGUUUGAACAUGUGGACCAAGACCUACGGACCUAUCUAGACAAAGCACCCCUACCAGGUUUGCCAGUGGAGACUAUCAAGGUUGUUACACUCUGGUACCGAGCUCCUGAAGUUCUUCCGCAAUCUACAUAUGCAACCCCUGUGGACAUAGGGCCCCGCCCAGAGCAGUCCGUGGUGCCUGAGCUGGAGGAAUCUGGAGCACAGCUGCUGCUGGAAAUGCUGACUUUUAACCCACACAAGCGAAUUUUUGCCUUCCGGGCCCUGCAGCACUCUUAUCGACAAAAAGGAGAUGGAAAUCCGGAGUGA